AUGGUGUCAGGAGCGGUGGCCUUCCCCUCCUGUGGCUGCGUCCAGCGCUGCGUCCUCUCCUCUGAGAUGGUCCCCGCCGACGCCAACUCCAGCGCGACGCCGCCGCAGUCCGAGCUGUGCCCCAACUGCAGCCUGGCGUGGCCUGGCCUGGCGUCGGUGCCCGUGGGCAAGGCGGUGGCGCUGGGCCUGGUGCUGCUGGUGUUCGUGGUGUGCGGCGUGCUGGGCAACGUGCUGGUCAUCCUGGCCGUGGUGUGCCACCGGCACCUGCGCACGGUCACGCACUACUUCAUCGUGAACCUGGCGGUGGCCGACCUGCUGCUGAGCGCGGCCGUGCUGCCCUUCUCGCUGGCGCUGGAGCUGCGCGGCCGCUGGACGUUCGGCCGGCCGCUGUGCGUGGCGUGGACGUCGCUGGACGUGCUCUGCUGCACGGCGUCCAUCCUCUCGCUGUGCGCCAUCUCCGUCGACCGCUUCCUGGCCGUCAGCCGGCCGCUGCAGUACCCGGCGCUGGUGACCGGCCGGCGGGGGCUGGUCGCCGUGGCGAUCCUCUGGACGCUGGCGGCCGCCAUCUCGGUGGGGCCGCUGCUGGGCUGGCGCCAGCCGACGCCCGAGGACGAGUCGGUGUGCCGGGUCAACGAGGAGCCGGGCUACGCCGUGUUCUCGGCCGUGGGCUCCUUCUACGCGCCGCUGGCCGUCAUCCUGGUCAUGUACUGCCGCGUGUACGUGGUCGCCCGGCGACACUCCCGCUCGCGAACGCGCUCCCACUCGCUCAGGGACGGAGAAACCACCUCGCUACGGAUACACUGCGGGAACGCCCAGAGAGAAGGAGGAGGAGGAGGAGGAGGAGGAGGAGUGGAGGAGGCGCAGGAGGCCGGGGUGGUGAAGAGUGGUAGGAGGAGUCUGCUCCGUCUGCUGAGGUUCUCACGGGAGCAGCGAGCGGCCAAGACACUGGGGAUGGUGGUGGGGUGCUUCAUCCUCUGCUGGCUACCCUUCUUCCUGGUGCUGCCCAUAGGCUCCAUGUUUCCCUCCUACCACCCGUCGGAGACGGUGUUCAAGGUGACCUUCUGGCUGGGCUACUUCAACAGCUGCCUCAACCCCUUCAUCUACCCGUGCACGUGCCAGGAGUUCAAGCGGGCGUUCCUCAGCGUCCUGCGCGCCCAGUGCCUGUGCCCGGCCGCCGCCCACCCCCCCGGCAGGCGGCACAAGUGCCCCCGACUCUCGUCCUCCUCCGCUCCCUGCCCGACCCCUCCGCCCCAGACCCCCGACACGCUACCCGCCGAAGGUGCCCGCCACCCCCACCCCUCCACCACCACCAUCGCCACCGCCCUGCCCUUGACCACGCAUGGCGCCCCUGCUGGCGCGGCUCUGGUCCGCCGCUCGGCGUCCCCGCUGAAGGUGUGCUGUUUCGGGGUGAGAGAGAGCCUCUCGGGGCCCUGCUCUCCGACUGGUCCUGCUCCCGCCCCACCGCCCCUCUCCUCCAAGCCCAGGACCCUGCAGCUCUCCCUGGGCAAGAGUCGGGGUCAGGCCCUCUGA